UGAUUGCAUAUAGCUUAACUUUGAAUCAACUUGUCAAUAGAGCUGUAUUGUUCAUAUUUCACAUUAGUCAAUUGAGUUGAACCUAGCUGCAAUUUUCAAAGGUUUUGAGCAAGAACCGAAAUUUGUUUUUAAAGUCCAAUUCACCCCCCUCUUGGACAUAUUUUGGGACAUCAGGCCUCACUCUCCCAAAUCUUCAAGAAUUUGGCAUUUCUGAAAACUAUUUCUCUGGCCCAAUCCCAAAUUCAUUGUGCAAUGCAUCCCAGUUGCAAAUUUUUUAUAUCUCUAGAAAUAAUUUUGUGGGAAAAGUUCCAACUGAUCUAGGAAAUUUAAAGAGCCUUUGGCUUCUAAACAUUGAGUCCAAUCUUCUAGCAAGUAAUUCACGACUUGGUUUUCUUGACAUCUUUGACAAACUGCAGUAAUCUACAAGUGUUUUCUUUUUCCGGAAAUCAUUUUGGAGGUGUCUUACCAAACUCUGUAGCCAAUUUGUCAACUCAACUCAGGCUAUUAUAUAUGGGAGAAAAUGAGAUCACUGGAAUUAUUCCUGCAGCACUGGAGAAUCUAAUAAACUUAAUUGGGUUUGAUAUGAGUGAAAACUCUUUCACAGGAGUCUUCCCCUAUCAAUUUGGAAAGCUUCAAAAGUUACAAUUAUUAGAUUUAGGUGGAAAUAGAUUGUCAGGUCAAAUUCCAUCCUCUAUAGGUAACCUUACUCAGUUGUCAAUUCUCAACCUGUCAAAUAACAAAUUGGAAAGCAUUCCGUCAAGUAUUCAAAAUUGCCAAGCAUUAUAUACUUUAGACAUUUCAACAAAUAGUUUCAGUGGAGAGGUACCACAGGAAGUCCUAGGCCUUGCUUCCCUUUCAAAGUUACUAAAUUUAUCUCAAAGCUCUUUUACGGGGAAUUUACCUACACAAGUGGGGAUGCUAAAAAGUGUAAAUAUACUAGAUGUCUCGAAAAACAAUCUUUCAGGUGAAAUUCCUACAACCAUAGGAGAUUGCUCGAGUCUAGAACAUCUUCAUAUGCAAGGAAAUUCUUUCCAAGGAACCAUUCCUUCAACUUUACCUUCCAUUAAAAAUCUUCGAUAUUUAGACCUUUCACGAAACAACUUGUCAGGACCGAUUCCAAAAGAUCUUCAAGAAAUCCCUUCUCUCCAAUACUUGAAUCUUUCUUUCAAUGAUGUUGAAGGUGAGGUACCGAUGAAAGGAGUAUUUAGCAAUGUUAGUGCAUUGUCACUGAUCGGUAAUAACAAGCUUUGUGGUGGUGUCACAGAUCUUGGUUUGCCAAAAUGCCCUACCAAAAACAUGAAGAAAGGGAAGUCCCAUACUAUAGUAGUCAUAAUUGCAUGUGUGGUUCCAAUUGUGCUUUUGAUGAUGGUGUUUUUUCUCAUUUACUGGAUGAGAAAAUCAGGAAAUAAUCCAUCUUUUGCACACCUGAAAUUGACAAUGAACCUUCUAGAGCUAUCUUUUGGAGACCUAUAUCGAGCAACAAAUGGAUUCUCUUCUAGCAAUUUAAUUGGAUUGGGUAGCUUUGGCUGUGUGUAUAAAGGAUUUCUACAUCAAGUAGAAAAACCAGUAGCUGUUAAGGUCCUCAACCUUGAGCAAAGAGGUGCCUCUAAGAGCUUCAUGGCUGAAUGCGAAGCGUUGAGAGAUAUAAGACAUCGAAAUCUUGUUAAGCUCAUAACAUGUUGUUCCAGCAUAGAUUACAAAUCAAAUGCAUUCAAAGCUUUAAUUUUCGAAUUUAUGGGGAAUGGAAGCCUAGAGAAGUGGUUGCAUCCAUGUGAAGGCAGAGAAAAUCAGAGAAGAAGCUUGAAACUUCUUCAAAGACUCAACAUCGCCAUUGAUGUAGCAUCAGCAUUACAUUACCUUCAUGACCUGUGUGAAAGGCCAAUCAUUCAUUGUGAUCUGAAGCCCAGCAACGUUCUUCUUGAUGAUGACAUGGUUGCUCAUGUGAGUGAUUUCGGCCUAGCAAGACUCUUCACAAUCAAUGGUGGUAUCUCUAAAAGUCAUACCAGCACAAUCGGAAUAAAAGGAACAAUUCGCUAUGUUGCUCCAGAGUAUGGAAUGGGUGGUGAAGCAUCAAAAGAAGGAGAUGUGUACAGCUAUGGGAUCCUUGUGUUAGAGAUUUUCUCAAAACGAAGACCAACCGAUGAGAUGUUUAAAGAGGGAUUAAAUCUCCAUGAUUUUGUGAGCUCAGCAUUGCCAGAAAGACUUGUAGAAGUUGUGGAUCCAACCCUUGUCUCCAGAGAAAUUUCAGAUGAAGAAUUUGAAGAUGCAGAAGAAAUCAAUAGCUAUGAAAAUUUGAGCCAUGUGACAACAAAAGUCAAACAAUGCCUACUUUCAGUACUUGAAAUUGGAGUUGCCUGUUCAAUGGAGUCACCUAUGGAACGAAUGAAUAUGAAUGAUGUCAACAGAAAAUUACAUUUGAUAAAAGAUGCUUUUCUUGAUAAUCAGAUUCACAGAGAAAGACCAAAUAGAAGAUGAUUGAUUGGCUGCGUAUACCACUUCAGGGGAAAUCAAAGAGCAAAAACGUCCAUUUUUCAGCUGCCAUCCCAAAUUUAUUUAGUAUUCUGUAUCACUUUCAUAUUCAUCUUCUUUCUUGUUUAAUUACCUUAGCUGCUAUAUGUAUAUAUAUAUAUAUAUAUAUGGUGUGUUAAUUA